AUGUCGUCUUGCACGUUGUUUGCCUUCGGUACAUGCUCUAACGACACUGCGAUACGUAAGUUCAACCGCUCAGAACCUAGGUCAGAUCCGGUUGGCUCUUCGCACAUGAGUCGCUCGCGUAUCCUCGAACGCGGAGUGUUCAAUCAGUACAGUUUACCGAGUGUGAUGUUGCUUCUUCGGAAGCGACUAGUCGGGUCGGCGCAUGUGAAAGUGGUUGGUUUUAGAAGGCCGCCUGUCCUAGUCGCGUCCCGGCCGCACGAGCCGAGCGAGACUCACUCGCCCGUCAUUGUUUUCCAGCAAAAGGCGGACAUAUUGGCCGGCCGCAGGAUUUUUGUCAAUAAUUAUUUGGCGGAGCACCGGAGAAUCAGCGUGCAAUCCGGGGGCAGUUCCAUACCAGCGCUCAGCCCCGUUUCGCAUCAAAGCGAUGAAUAA